AGUUGUUAUGCGCACAGUGCAUUUUGUAACUGCCGUCAUAUGUAUUUUGAUGAUUUUCUCUUCCUGCUAUUUUAUCUACCACCAAUAAACCUGGCAAGAGUUCCAUCGACUUAACCUCAUGCUCACACUUGGUCCUGGUUCUGUCUGCGAUGUGUGCGCAGAAGAGUAUAGUCCAUAUCGUGUUCCUCAUUCUCUUCCGUGUGGUCAUGUCCUGUCCUGGGGUUGCUGCUAUAAAAUUGUAGAAAAGACAUUGCCUCGUCUCCAAGCUGCCUGUCCUUUCUGUCCCGAUCAUUUCACUAGUGACGAUAUGCGUUCAAUCCGCAUCGGAUUUUCAAACAGUGGACGGGUCACUUCUCGGCGGCGAGGCCGCCUCUCCCCAUCACGAAGGGAAGGCCGAUUCCCCCUCAUCGAGCCGGAUGUCCCACAUACACGUGCAGAGACCCGUAGACUGGAGGACAAAGUGGCCAGGGUGGCCACUAGAAAAUGCUCAGUGGAGGAGGUUUCGACUCUACACAACGAGCUACAAGACUGGUUGACUCAUGACGAAAAAUCUCACAACCAGCCUUCUUCUUUAUCCUUGUGUGCUGCGCUGCUCAGGGUGAUUUUGAUGAGUCACAUCGCUCAUUCGGAAGCUACGAGAAUGGCAAAGGGAGUUGAGGCCACCCUAAGAGAGAAGCUAGACAACAUGGAAUUGAAUGUCAGCAAGCUAGAAGCCAACUUAAGACAACAACAAACCCUUUAUACCCAAAAAGUACAAGAAUGUCAGGCUCUUCGAGCAGAGCUUGGCCGUUAUACUCUGAAGUCUGCUUCUGCUCAGGCUGCAGCGUCACCUCCCCGAUCCAGCACCGCCGCUCCAACUGGAUUAAGCGAGCGGCUCCAAUCAGUUUCAUCAGCAGCAGCAUCCACAUACAACGUACCAGUUGUGCCAUCCAUGCUCUCGCGCUUUGCAGCUAUUCAUUCUCGAAGUGCCUCCGCAUCUGUGUCAGGAGGGUCGAGACCAACGACCCCCGCACGCACGACGGCACCAUCGAUUAGGUCAGAGACCCCAACGCAACUUAGAACGACGAAUUCUAGUACCCAUGUGCAUGCGCCGUUGCAGAGAAACUCCACUGCAGGUCAAUCAGUGACUCCUACACCUGGUCCCGAAGAGGGAUACCCGGCUAUGGUUGUGCCAAAGAUGCUGGUCCAUGCUAGCAGUGUUGCAAUGCAGCAGGAGAAGGAGAGGCGGGAGAGGGACAGACAACGAGAGCAGGAAUGUGAGCGAAUGGAGCGUGAACGGGGUCGUGAUCUUGAUCCAGGUUCUAAGAGUGACAGCACCUCAAGUUUAAGCGUCACUGACUUUUGUCCGAUUUUACUUUCUACGUCCCCCAUCCCCCCCUCAAGACCGCGGACUAUUUCCAUCUCCGCAACGUCGCCUCAAAAAAUAACUCGUUCGCACUCUGAUGAGCAGGAGAGGGAACGAGAGCGGAUUCACGAACGUUGGAUGCCGUCACCAAACAUGGCAUACAUCCCGCCGACAGGCAAAACUAUCAACUAUCCACCCUACUUUGGUUCGUCCCCAGCUCCUGGCCGUUACCGCUCCUCGUUCUCAACAAACGUUGCUGGUUCGUCCUCAGCAAAAUAACUCGCUUGCACUCCGAUGAAGAGGAGAGGGAGUGAGAAGUUUGCCGUCGCCAAACGUGGCAUAUACCAGGCCAGCAGGCAAACCCGUCGACGCUCCCGGCCGUACUCGCUAUCUAGACCAUGUCUAAUUCGUCAGUCAACACCAGAGCAAAGAGUCAAGGAACUACACUUGGUCCUCCCACGAGGCCAUCUUUCGUCC